AUGGCAGGCACGAGGAAUUAUGACUUUCUGGUAGGUGCAUACAUCUCCUGUGUGGGUGAGCAGCGGGGAGGGGGCGAGUACCAGGCGGUGGGGCAGCAGGGGGCGGGCGGACGUUUUAUGAAAGACUGACCAUGGCUUGCAACACGACAGAUCAAACUCCUCCUCAUCGGCGACUCGGGUGUAGGCAAGUCUUGCUGCCUGCUGCGCUUCAGCGAAGACUCCUUCACGCCCUCCUUCAUCACGACGAUCGGGAUCGAUUUCAAGAUCAGGACGAUCGAGCUCGACGGCAAGCGGGUCAAGUUGCAGAUAUGGGAUACCGCGGGUCAGGAGCGUUUCCGGACCAUCACCACGGCGUACUACAGAGGUGCCAUGGGCAUUCUGCUGGUCUACGAUGUCACAGACGAGCGCAGCUUUAACAGUAUGUGGACACGUGAGGUCGGUCUGGAAGAGCGGUGUGCGCCAUGCUGACUGACUUUCUUCAUCUCCUCAGACAUCCGGACAUGGUUCUCCAACGUCGAACAGCACGCGACCGAAGGCGUCAACAAGAUCCUCAUAGGCAACAAAUGCGACUGGGAAGAGAAGAGAGCCGUCUCCACCGAGCAAGGUCAGGCACUGGCGGACGAGCUCGGGAUCCCCUUCAUGGAGGUCUCGGCCAAGAGCAACAUCAACGUGGAAAAGGCAUUCUACAGCCUGGCGGGCGAUAUCAAGAAGCGCAUCGUGGACACUCAACAACCGCAGCAACAGUCGCAGGCAGGCGUGAGCGUAGCGCCGGGAGGAGGAGCCGCAGGCGGCUUGGGCAAGAACUGCUGCUGA